GCUGUUGUUGAAGACUUGGAGCGCAGGUCAUUUUGCUUUCUGAAGCGCAGGCCUAUUUCCGAAGCUUUGCUUCGAGAGGAAUUCCAAGAACUGCUUGCGUUUGCUGAUUGGCAGACUUUGCGGAGCAAGGCUGGUGCUGUCACCCGAAGCACCGCGUGGUAUGUGUCACCUGGAUGCUGCUGCCGCUACACCUACGGAGAAGCAUCUGUACAAGCCCGUGAAAAACCCGAGUGGCUCCACCAUGUCGAGGCCCGGAUCUUGGGAGACCUGUGUGGCCUCAGUAGAGAUCAGUGGCCCAACAGUGUGAACAUGAACUUGUACGAAGACGAGUCGCAAAAUGUGGGCUGGCAUUCCGAUGAUGAGGGUCUUUUUCGGGGAUGCCAAACAGAUUGUCGGAUUAUUUCGGCCUCAUGGGGAGCUUCUCGCCGAUUUGAAAUAGCGCUGAAGGACCGAAGCCAUAUCUCUGGAAAGCCGAGUAUUUUCCACGACACAUUGCAGGGAAUUGACCUUCACUCAGGUGACCUCUGUAGCAUGGAAGGUGCAUUUCAGCGGCACUACUCCCACCAAAUCGCCAAGGGUGCAGCAUCCAGCCCAGCAUCCUCUCCUGCUGCUUCAUUGGAGAAUUUGGGCUGA